GCUCCUGACACACACAACAGCAGCAAGCAGUGAGACACGCAGGAAGAAAAAGUUGCCACAUACAAAUCAACAGCCGUCAUGCCUGAGUUCUCAGACCUGGAGAAGGCCAUCGACACUCUGGUCAGCCAGUUCCACUCUGCCUCAGCUGACAAAAGCGCAACGCUGAAAACAGAUGAAUUCAAAGGUCUCUUGUCCUCUCAGAUGCCAAACCUGGUAAAGGGGAUCGGCACAGAGCAGGGACUGGGUGAGAUCAUGCGAAAGAUGGGUGUAGGUGACGGUGAGGGCAUCUCUUUCAAGCAUUUCUGGAACUUAAUCCAGUCGGUAGCCACCACCCAGCACGGCCUCCUCAGCGGCCAGAAGGGCUCCUCAUGCAGCUGCAUCCUCCUGUGAAGACCAGGCUCUCGGCCCAACACAUCAGCAAGCUCUGAGUUUCCACCCUGGAAUUUAACUAAACAGAGUAACAACAUGCACAUCACUCUCCCUAAUCAGGUGUCGGACAGAAUACAAAGGUACCAAGUCUAGUCCGCCCACAGCAAGCUGUUCCCAACAUUUAUGACUAAAGUGUUACACUUUUUUUAAGAGCUAUGAUCUCAAUCUGACAAGUCCAACAUCAAACUUCUGCCAGUUUAGUGCUCAGCAUCCUUUGCGCCAGUUAAAGCUCAAAUUCAGGUUAGUUUGCAUUUAAUGAUGACAUUAUCCAAGUCUGGUACUAUUUGUAAAAGUUAUAAGAAUCGAACUAGAAUCUGAACAAGUUUACAAUACAAUAAAUCAUUCUCUUACAUAAUGAACCCUUGUUACAUGAUCCAACAGUCUCUUCAUGUGUUGGAGGUCCUCGUGCUUAGUUUGAAUUUAACUGGUGCAAAAAAGCAGCUGGACAUUAUCACAGUCAUCAACAUUAACCCUCACUUCACUUCAAUUUGGUCUCAUGUUUGUUUUCCAGUGUGUAAUAUUUGAUAGUGCCUUCAUGUUCACGUCACUAAUCAUAGGAGGAUUAACAGCCCACCGUUGUCUUUUUAACAACUUCAUGAAUAAAUUGUUCAAUAGAUCAACUUUUUUAAGAAUGGAGCGCUCUGUGAAAAAUAAGGAUGACAUUAAAAUACAGAAGACACAAAAAUCAAUCAUCAUUUUUGGAAAAGGGAACAAGAACAGGGUCUCACAAUAUCCAUUUCUUGUCACUUACCGAACAAUGGACAUCUCACUAGUUACCCACGUUAAUGCCGAGCAUAUAGUUAACAUCCAGUCAUGUAGUGUAGUCAACUCCAAAAUACCAUUAGAAGGCACGUCAGUAUGAGAGCAGAGUUGAAGCCUGACCAUCAGAAAUAGGGGAAGAACUACGGUUGAACUUUCAGAAGCUUUGGAAUAUUUUAAAUAGAAUUUCUUUAUUUGUUUGUGCAGAACUGACUCCAGGGUAAAUGAUUGCUCUAAUUUACAAUCCACAGUAUCUGUUAUUGUGUUAACAACGGCAACUGACGCAGUAACUUGCAGUGUUAAACCUCGUCUUAAUCUUUAAAGUAUAUAACACUAAUCAUCUCAAUUUGAUCUCAUAUGUUUGCAGUAACAAAACAAAACUAGACAGAGACAUCUCAAUGUGUGGUAUAUAGUCCCUUUAUAAGUUUCUACUAGUAAUGCUUUACCCUCUGUGAUCCUGCAUUUUCUAUGUAUUUAUAUUUUGUAAUUCUCUGUAUUCUGAGCUGUGUGACACCAUAAGACAAAUGAUGUAAUAAACAUAUAAAGAAAGCA